AUGGUCAUGUGUGUUGUGACGUAUCUAAGUGUGGUUUUCCGACCAUUUCAACACAACUCCUUAUUACCUGUGACUAUUUAAAUUUCGUUACAGCAAUACAGGGAUCACGACAACACAGUUUUUUGUGUACCUGUGGGUAAAGCUUACGUUUUGUGAGAAUAUUCACAGUUUAUUAAGCUGGAUACCGAAAUGUCACAGUCCAAUGUUAAUAAAGGUUACCAGAUGGGUGACCAGAGGAACAUGCAGGAUUCAUCCGAGGACGGAAUCGGAUGCUGCGGAUGUAUAUUGAUGGGACUAUCAUAUCUUCUUGUCGGCUUGUUCUUCCCCUUUUCUCUAUGUAUGACAAUAAAGAUUGUUACCGAGUAUGAACGAGCUGUAAUCUUUCGAUUGGGUCGAGUACUGCCAGGAGGGGCGAAAGGACCUGGAAUGUUCUUCAUAUUACCAUGUCUUGAUGAGUUCAAAAAGAUCGACCUCCGUACAGUAUCAUAUGAUGUCCCACCACAAGAGAUUUUAACCAAAGAUUCUGUGACAGUAGCCGUAGAUGCUGUUAUUUACAGCCGUAUUUUCGACCCAACGAUGUCCGUAUGUAACGUAGCAAAUGCAGAUUCUUCUACUCGAUUGUUGGCUGCUACAACCUUGAGAAAUGUCCUUGGAACUAAAAACAUGUCUGAACUCCUGACUGAAAGGGAUUCUAUUGCUCACCAAAUGCAGGCUAUCUUAGACGAAUCAACAGAUCCCUGGGGAAUCAAGGUAGAGAGAGUUGAAAUUAAGGAUGUCAGACUUCCGGUUCAACUCCAGAGAGCAAUGGCCGCCGAGGCAGAAGCUUCAAGGGAAGCACGUGCUAAGGUAUUAGCAGCUGAGGGAGAACAGCGUGCCUCACGUGCACUGAAAGAAGCAGCCGACAUCAUGGCCCAAUCACCAGCCGCUAUUCAGCUCCGUUAUUUGCAGACAUUGAACAGCAUAGCAGCAGAGAGGAAUUCCACCAUUAUUUUCCCAUUACCUAUGGAUUUGUUGAGUGGAUUUGGCAAAAAAUAGAAUUGAUAUUAUAUGUUGUUUCAAUCCAAUGUUGUUUGUAUCAUAUAAAAGACGGAUUAUGCUAGAAAAUUACAACAAUCAAACAAUAUUACUUUUAUAUAUAACAUAAUAUGCAUUGCCAUGUGAUAUCCUGAAUAUGCCUUAACUACAAAAAUAAUAAUAAAAACGAGAUUUUUAGUGGUUUAAGAGGUGAAUAGUGACCUAAAGAUGUAUACAUUCACGUUUUCUUGUCUCUGCUAGAAAGUUAGCUUUUUCGCAAUCGUACUGUGUUUCUAUUAUAAAUUCCAAUUUUUACCUUUUUAUUAUCAGGAAAAUGGCCAUGCAUUCUUCUCCAUGAGAGGCAUAACUCGCUAGGCACUAUUGGCUGUUAUUUUUAGAAUGACAUUGCUUUGAUGAUUAAAAUGGUCUGUUUUUUGUUAGGUUGAGAAGACAACCAAACCACUUCAUGAACAUCUCAAACCAUUCAAGUUUUUUGGUUUGUUUUUAAGUAUGUUUUAAUACUAAGUGCUUAGGUGUUUCCUUCAUUUCAGGGUGAACAUAUUUUGCAACUAAUGUUGUCAUAUUGAAUGAUAUUACAUGUUACAGUUUCAAUACAUGCGGGUGUUUGAUAGCAAGGUUAGAUACAGGACAAAAUCCUCAUUUCUCAUUCACAGAUGAAAUUAAUACAGGACUACUAAAGGUUAUUUCGUUUUUACUAUUAAAUGUAA